UCUCUCUCUCUCUCUCUCUCUCUCUCUCUCUCUCUCUCUCUCUCUCUCUCUCUCUCUCUCUCUGUAUAUCUUUGUGGUGUGUGUGUAAACAGGAUGAUGGAAGCUCACACUCUUCCUCUGAUCAUCACAUCAUCGUAAGUAACACGCUGUGAUGUUCAGGUCCAUCAUGCAGCUUGAAGAAACCGACAGUGUGUUUGUCGAUCUAAAUUCAGUAAUUCCGGAGACUGAGCUACUGGACAACAGCAUACAGAAGAGUCGAGCACCGCUUCCUCUCAAGAGCAGGAGAAACCGACCAUCACGCUCCCGUCUGACUGACAGCCUGAGCUCCACUGAGGGAGACGAGGGGCCAGACACCAGGUCUGCAGACACACCCCUCCACUCAGCCCCAAUUCACUCGUUCCUCCGUGACUCCACCCACACUCCAGAGCUCUUUCUCUCCUCCUUUGACUCCGCCCUCACACGCCGAUCUCCAGAGGACCCUAAAACUAACCGUUACCAUCAGCUCACCAACACCACGUCCCAUGAUGCACUACUGCCCCCAGUCCCACCUUCCCCCUGCAGGUCAUGUCCCGAAACCUCCCCUGUGCACUUCCGCAGGAGUCGACGCCCUGAAAGUGAAGUGCUUGUGUCAGAUGACAGUCAGGAUGACAACAUAGCCGAGUCUGACAGUCCCACUGUGGUUCUGGAUAAAAAGACCAAACGGAGGUUCCUAGAUUUGGGGGUGACUCUGCGUCGUUCAUAUGUCAGAGUGAAGAAAGAUAAUGCAAAAAGAUUCUCUCUGGGAAGCCGAGAGCUGUGUGAGAACUCCUCCCGCCAUUCGGGAUCCUUUGUGCCUUUUUCCUGGUUCUCAGACAGUCAUCGCUCUUCCUCCACGUCCUCGUCUCCCCGCAUGGUGGCUCACUCCCGCAGCCCGAGCAAGUCCGACUCUCAGGAGUCGGCAUUCAGUGAUGAGUUUUCUCCUAAAAGUCCUCUAGGUCCGUCAGAGUCUCGCUCCUCUCAUCACCCAUAUCAGACUCUGUCCCAGUCUUCAGACGAGCGUGUAGAAGAGCCUCAGUGUGUAGCGAGAUUGUGGAGCACGCAGCAGGUGUGUGAUUGGUUGAAGAGUUUAAACAUGGAGCAGUAUGUCCCCAAAUUCAGGGACAAAGACGUGGAUGGAGAACUUCUGCUGCAGAUGGAUGGAACCAAACUCAAGGCUCUGGGUGUGUUGAACUCGUCGGAUCGCAGCGUAUUGAAGCGUCGAAUUAAAGAUAUCCACGCUGCAGCUGAAAAGGAGAGGAAAGCUCUGGACAAGCUGGAGAAACAGAGAGAGAAGCAGCGGAAGAAAGACCAGGAGCAGAGGAAGAGUUAAAACUGGAGGCUAAAAUGGGCUGUGUUCCAAACGCCCAAAAAAUCUUACUUACUUAAUGUUCUUAUUAAAACAUUGGCCAUUUGAAGAAAAUAUUAGAGCACACUUAGUCCAUUAGCAAGACUUCUCGAUAGCAUGUUAUGGGUGAUUCUUACCCAUAAUGCACCGUUAGCAUGCUUCAGGCUUAGCGGUGAGCAAGUGGUCAUGAGAUGGUUUAUUAACACAGUGUGUAAAGUUCACUAGAUUGUGUUUGAUGUAUGACUUGAGCUCAAACCUGCAUUUAUCUGUGAGGCUUCAGUUAAGCAUGCUCCUGUAUCUUGUAUGCUAACCGCUAAUUAGUGAUUAGCCGAUUAGUUAGCAGUGAUUAUUAAUUUUCUGAACAGAAUAAAAUCUGAUAAUCCACCAGUAGGAACGUUGGUGAAACAUCUCAUUGUUUCUAAUGAUGACACGUGUUAAAUACGGCUAACUGAUUUAAAAAAAACUACAUAGCUAGCAUGCUAGUUAGCUGCUCUCACUGUAGGAGAAACCUCCAGAACGAGGAUCAACAUCUGUACGUGGUUAUGGAGCGUUUUUUUCAUCUGAACAUACAUCUAGAUCUUGUAAAUGUUUUCUGUCAAUCUGAGUGUGCAAAUUUCAUAUGCUAACCCCUAAUUAGCGAUCAGCUGCUUAGCUUGCUGUGAUUUCAUAUUAUUAUGACUUUAAGUGUGUGCUGCUACUUGUGUGUACUUGCUAAUCAGCUGCAUUCUAGUUAGAUAUAAGAUUAGAGGAUUCUGUGUGUUCUACAAUUUUCAGUGUUUCUUGAAAUGGCCAAUGCUAAUAAGAAAAAAAUAGUGACUCUUAUUUGUGCUUGUCACCAAUCAUUUUAUGUUUUAGUGACAACAUUCACACUCGACCCUCAUUGGCCCACUGACGUGCAGUGACGUGGGAUUCUUUUUAUCGCUAUGCAGCACAUGUUGUGUUAUUUACAUUAUUAUGCCUUAUGUGUUAUAUGUGAAAUAUUGCACUUGUCUGUUAGCUUAGUAACAGAUUCACGGCGUGUUGUUGCGCAUGAGGUUCUGCUGUGACUGAGUGUGUGUGUGUGUGUGUAUGUGUGUGAGUGUGUGUAUGUGUGUGAGUGAGUGUGUGAGUGAGUGUAUGUGUGUGAGUGUGUGUGAGAGUGUGUGUGUGUGUGUGUGUGUGAGUGAGUGUACUGUAUGUGUGUGUGUGUGUGUGUGUGUGUGUGUGUGUGUGUGUGAGAGUGUGUAUGUGUUUGUGUGUGUGAGUGAGUGAGUGUACUGUAUGUGUGUGUGUGUGUGAGUGAGUGUAUGUGUGUGAGUGUGUGAGAGUGUGUAUGUGUGUGUGUGUGUGUGAGUGAGUGUACUGUAUGUGUGUGUGUGUGUGUGUGAGUGUGUAUGUGUUUGUGUGUGUGAGUGAGUGAGUGUACUGUAUGUGUGUGUGUGUGUGUGAGUGAGUGAGUGUACUGUAUUUGUGUGAGUGUGUGUGAGAGUGUGUAUGUGUCUGUGUGUGUGUCUGUGUGUGUGUGUGUGUGUGUGUGUGUGUGUUUGACUGUGUGAGUGUGUGUAGUUUAUGUGACAGAGAAAUAUUUAUUGCGGGAAGAACAAAGUAUUUACAGACAUUACAGAGAUAACUGUGUUUAUUAGCAUGAGUUAGCAGGGUGUGUGUGUGUGUGUGUGUGAAACUGAGUGUGUGUGUGACUGUGUGUUUGUGUGUGUGUGUGUGUGUGUGUGUGUGAGACUGAGUGUGAGUGUGUGUGUGUGUGGUUGAAAUGCUCCCUCUUUCCUCUUAGGUGGGAUUUCAUUACUUUAUUAGUGCAAGUCACAUUUGGACGAUUUACUGAAGCUAACUGUGCACAGUGUGUGAUCUGUAUGUCAUAGUGGUGUAGGGCUUAAGGGGAAGUGAACGAGAGAUUGUUAGAAACCGCACUGAAACACGUUUGUCUUCCCGCUUCAUUUCUCUUCAUUCUUGAUUAUUUUUAUUCCACUCGGCUUCACAGAAUAAACCACAAAAAUAAACAUUUUACUAUUUCAGAUGUGGCAUGAAUUAAAAGCACAGUGCAUCAUGUAGAAAAGUAUUUAUUUAUUUAUUUAUUUAUAGCAAUUAUAAAUGAUUUAUUAUCUCGCCUGAAUAAAACUCCAGGUGUGAUAUAACGCUUCAUUAAGCUGUAUUAAACGUGUACUAAACAAUAAGUUAAAGACUUUUAAAAGCUGAGACAAUGUCACAUCACGUUUCACACAAACAUCUACUGCUGCUCACUCAAUAUCUAAAUAAAUCAAAACACAAUCAAA